AUGUCAGACUACAAAAGUAGAAAUCGAAGUAAGAGCCUUGGAAUCCAGAAUUAUAACUACUGGAACAACCUAAAACUCAUGAUGAAAACUCAUGAAGCGCUGAAGCAUUUCAAAGAAGUUAUUACUAAACAAAAUGGACGAUAUCAAGUAGUUUGGCUUUGGAAAGAUUCAACGGUUAAUUUAAAUGAUAACUGUGGUCUUUGUCUCGGAAGACUGAAAGCAUUAAUUAGACGAUUUCAUGUGGACAAAUGA